AUGAUAAUGGGGAACCCUCAGAUGACCUGGUGCCCACCAUUCUGGACACUGCCCAUCAGUACAACAUCCAGGUAUGGCUCCCAUGGUGCAUUUUACCGCUAUAAGAACAGCAUGGGUAAGAGCCUCCCUCUCUUUUAUAUCUAUGACUCCUACCUGACAUCCCCUGAGGCCUGGGCCCACCUCCUGACACCGAACGGGCCCCACUCAAUCCGCAACACCCCCUACGACGGGGUCUUCAUAGCGCUGCUGGUGGAGGAGGGCCACACCCAUGACAUCCUGGCCGCCGGAUUUGAUGGCAUGUACACCUACUUUGCCUCCAAUGGUUUCUCCUUCGGCUCCUCCCAUCAGAACUGGAAGGCUGUGAAGAACUUUUGCGAUGCCAACAACCUCAUGUUCAUUCCCAGCGUGGGGCCUGGCUACAUUGACACCAGCAUCCGGCCCUGGAACAACCACAAUACGCGGAACAGGGUCAACGGCAAGUACUAUGAGACGGCCCUGCAGGCAGCCCUGACCGUGAGGCCCGAGAUCGUCUCCAUCACCUCUUUCAAUGAGUGGCACGAGGGCACCCAGAUUGAGAAGGCCAUUCCCAAGAAGACGCCGACUCGGCUGUAUUUGGACUACCUGCCUCAUCAGCCCAGCCUGUACCUAGAGCUGACGCGCCGCUGGGCGGAGCACUUCAUCAAAGAGAAGGAGCAGUGGCUGAUGUGAGGGGCCUGCAGGCAGGGGCGGGAGGUGCUGACGUCCCAGCCUCACUGGAAGAUGUCACCACGUGGGGCUCGGCUGAGGUUGUGGGCACUCGCUCCCAAGUCAGCGCCUGGGUGCUUCUGGGCCCAUCAAGUCAGGGCCCGUGGAGAACAGAGCUAGUUUCUGAGGCAGGUGGGUGCCAGCGUGUCCUGCAGGGACAGGAAACUAGGCGGUGUUCCAGAGAGGGAACCCCAGGGGCUGGCAGGUGGCUGGGCUUAGCCCAAGGCAGCUCCACAUCCUCAGAACACUUUAAAACAAUCCCUUCUAGCUUGGAACUCGGCUGGUUGGUGUUCUGGAGUCGCCAAGUCACUGGUCUUAGCAAGGGUGUCAGGGCUCCGGGCUAGCAUGCACCCUGCUCUCUGCCAACCGGCGUCCUCUCCAGGCCUCCUUCCCACAUCAUCUGUCUUCCCCAAGUUAGGGAACCACAUUUAAGACUUUCUAAAAGGGAAAAUUCUCAGUUUAAGCUCUUCCCAGUAGAUUCCCGAACCCAAUUAUCAGGAAAUAAUUCUGAGCAUUCACACAUUCAUUCAACACAUACUCAGUGAGCACCUUACCGCGUGCCAGGUGCUGGGGGAAAACUUGACCAGGAAUGGCUCCCGUCUUCCUAAGCUUACAGGAGCCAGCUUUCCUCAUUUGGUGUGGCCUUGUAGCUAGCGCCUAAGCACAGCUAUAAGUUUUUCCUUUUUGCUGUUUUUGCCCAGUGCUGGGAGUUCAGUUCUUUUUCCUCGAAGAAAAUACCUCUGCGCUCCAGAGCCUCCGUUUUCCUAGAUGAACAUUUAGCUCCAGGGGGAGGACCAGGACACCCCCCUCCCUUUAGCUGCCUGAAUUGAAUGAGGCCCACUCACUAGAGCCGUUUUCAGUGCUACUGUGAUUUGUAUUAAAAAUGACAUGUUGUUCCUAUUCUCAAAUCAGCUUUCCUUUUGAUCCCUUCAGGACCACAAACUCUUGACUCCUCAGAUUCUGUGACAAAUUGACAUAUGGGAUGGGCUGGCUACAGUGUUAGCACAACGAAGAGUCGUUUGCUUAAGAAAUUAGUUUCAACAAGAUUUCUAGAGGGAAUAUUUAACAAACCAGUGAUUAUUUACAAAUAAACUAAUAUGCUAACUGCAGGGACUCUCAAAGCAGGCCCUGGGACACCCUCUUGGCAAAAUUCUUAGGAUCUACUUGAAAAUAUGUGCAUUGGAAACGACGGUAUUGAGAAGUUUAUGGGCUCAAGACUGAAUCCUAGUUCUGAGAACGGGUGUGUGAGGGGAGAGGGGAGGAAGUGAGCCCUACUGGUCACCACAAGGACUCUCAGCUCUAGUUAGGUAACAGGUACUAAACCCCACCAAUGGAUGGGGCAGGCCUGGUCCCCUUGCUGUGACUCAGUUGGGGAAACCAAGGCAGGCAGGGACAGGUGAAAAGGGCUAGAUGGUGACCUGGAACAAUUUACAAGGGAGUGACACUGAGGCUUCAGUUCACAUAUGCAAAUUUUUAAAAACACUAGAAGUAUGGCCAGACCCGGGGGGCAGGGGCAGUAAUUCUCACACACUGCUGAUGGCAAUGCAACUUGAUUCAGUUCUUUUGAAGGCUAACCUCUAUCAAGAGCCAAAAAAAUGUCCAUACACUUGGACCCAGUAAUCCUACCCCAAGGAAAUAAUUCAAAAGAAGAAAAAUAAAACAUUUACAAAGGUGUUUAACAGCAUUUUUUUCUAUU